UCCAUGGGGCUGAGGCGGUGCAUGGGGGCCCUGCUGGGAGCAGGAGGGUGUUGGGAUCACCAGCACCCAGCCCUGGGGCUUGGUCCCUGGGGCUCUUUAGCCAUGUUGUGCCACCAAUGGCUAAAAAUAUCCUCUUGCUUCUUGGGGACCGACUUAACCAUCGGGGUGAGUGUGCUGAGUGGCAGCCGUGGCUGCCGGCCAUGGCACGGAUGUGGCCACCUGCACUGGGGUGGUGUGGGUCAUGGUGCUGCGUGAGCUUCCUGCCGCUACCGCCUACGCCAGGCUCUCCCCAGCCCCCUGCAGCCUCCCUGGUGCCAUCAGAGGGUGAGUGGUGCCAGGGCAGGAUCUGUCCCCCAGAGAGAGACAGCUUUGAAAUGACACGAUCACUCCCGCUGAGCAGGCAGCCAGAGAGCCAUCGGGGAUGUCGUGUCUGUCCAAAGCUCUUUCAGCAUCUCCAAGAGCCUCCUCUGCGCUGCUGCGCUGCCAGGCCUCCCCUGGGCUGCCUGCAGGGACCCACAACUCUCAGGAGAUGAAGACAGAUCCAACUGAGACCACCCCAGCAGCGACACAAGGUCCGUCUGUGCCCCCAGCCCAUGCCAACGUGUCCCCCGGGCUGGCCGGGCAGGGGUGCCGGGCGGCUCCUGCCCUAUGGACAGUCAGCAGUUGGUCUGGUGUGAGCAGCGGUUCUCAGAUCACCUCUUGGCUGUGGGUGGUGCAGGGAGCACCCCACCAUGGCGCAGUCAGCCCUGCUGGGGGACCCGCAUGCCUCCCCGCCACCUCCUGCCCCGGGGCUGCAGGUUCACACCGGCCUCGGGCAACAACCCUGGCAAUUUAAAGUUGCCCGUGGGGCCCCCGAAGGAGCUGCUGCGUUCCCAGCAGAGCCCACGCAGCCGCGCUGCCAGGAUCUGCCCCCGCCCCGCUGCACAGCCCUGGAGGAACUGGUUUGGGCCCCGCGGGCAGGGAGGGAGCGCCCAGCUCCGGAUUCGCUCCCCGCUGCUGAGGUUCAGCGCACCCCGAGCCGGCCUGGGGACACAGGGCUGGGGCAGAGGGGCCCGUGCCCCUAUCCCCGGGUCGGGGCCGGCUGCGGGGAUGAAUGACACCAGUCCACCGCCCAGACCGCGCGGGGGUGGCCGUGUCCAGGCACAUGGCCCCGCUCCUUUCCGCCACUCCCAUCAUGGCGGUCCCGCACCGCCGCCGCCGGCGGCGCCGCGCCCGCUACCCCCGAGAUGGCCGCCCCGCCCCCGUCCUACGCGCACAAGAUGCCCGUCCGGGUGCGCCGCGCGCCGCGCCCAACAUGGCUGCCGGCCGAACGCGCCGGUGCGGAGCGUGAUGUCACUUCCGGUCUACAGCAACGGAAGCGCCGGAGAGCCCCAAUGGAGACUGGUGAGGGGAGGCCGGGGGUAGCGUCGACGCUGCGGGCGCUGAACGGGGCACUGGGUCGGCCCGCCGCGCUCUGGGUGAAGGAAUGCAGCGCUCGCAAUCUGCGGCACCGAGACUUCCUGGCGCCGCGCGCCGCGCUGAGCGCCGCCUUCCCCGAGGGGCAGGUCCCCGCUGGCGUCGUGGCGGCCGUGAUGUCCCUGGCAGGCCCGGGAGUGCUGGCAGUGCGGAGUUGCCAGGAGACACCAGCGGGGCUGGCGGUGCAGGUGCGACGCCCCGAGGCAUUCUGGCGCCUGCUGGGCCCCACACCCGGCCCAGACGCUGCAGCGGGGCUGCAGGCAGGGAGCGUGGUGCUGCACUGCCCGGCCCUGGGCCGCUCCACCGCCCCGCGGCCGUGCCACCUUCGCUCGCUCCUGCUGGCUGAACACUUGGCCCAGCUGCUGCGUGCCCAGGGGGUCAGCAUCUGCCUGGUCCCGGCCCUCGCCGAGGAGGGCAACUGGGAGGUCCUGCGGCAGCUCCGUGUUGACUGGCCCUCCAACUGCAACAACGCAGCCCUCCAUGAUGCUGUCUUGGCCUUGAAGCGAGCGUUGGCCCAGUCCCCCUGUGCUACAGCCUGCGAGCAGGGGCCCGGUGCAGACGCGCUGCCUGAGGAUGUCAUCUGUAAAGUGCACUUGCGAAGCUUCGUGGAGCAGCAGGGCUUAGUGGGCUACGACCCCAACAUAGAUGUCCUUCUUGUGACAGAGGGGAAGCUGCGGUCCCUGGCUGAGCUGCAGCAAGCUGUUCUGCAGUGCACGGCUGGAGGCCAAGGGAGCUGCUGCAGCAUCGUGCAUGUGGUGAGCUGCGAGGAGCAAUUCCAGCAGCAGCAGCUGGAUCUGCUCUGGAGAAUUUUGGAUCCAGGAGUCCACACAGCUUCACAGAAGCACCUUGUCUGUGGGCCAGUGAAGGUGACAAACCCCUCAUCACCAAUUGGGGCAGACCAGUACUUCCAGUUCCGAAAGCGCCAGAUGUACGAAGCCUCUGUGAUGAAGUACGGGGAGCUUGCACAAGAUGAGGCCUGGACUGAGGUGAUUGAUACCCUCACGGUGGCUGCCAUCAGGUUUGAGAUGCUGAGCACCGCACACCGGAGUCAGAUCACUCUGGACCUGAGGGACAGCAGCAUCUCCACAAAGGGAACCAAGAGCGGUGCCUUUGUGAUGUACAACUGUGCCCGGCUGGCCACGCUCUUUGACACCUACCAGCGCGCAGUGGAGCGGGGCACGUACCCACCUCUGCCACCAGCGUCGGAACUGAACUUCUCCUGCCUGCGGGAAGAGGGCGAAUGGCUCCUGCUCUUCAACUAUCUCCUGCCUUUCCCUGAAGUCUUGCAGCAGGCAGCACGGCUGCCCACUCCUGCCAAGGGGAUCCAGAUCACAGCCAACACAGAGGCAGUGUGCAAGUUCCUGAUCCAGCUCAGCAUGGAUUUCAGCUCCUACUACAACCGCGUCCAUGUCCUGGGGGAGCCGUUCCCUCACCUCUUUGACCAGAUGUUUGCCCGCCUCCGGUUGCUGGGAGCAGUGAGGGAUAUAUUCCACAGUGCCCUGGCGACUCUACACCUCCCUCCCCUCAGCCAGAUCUGAGCCACCGCUGCAGAGCUG